AUGGCAGACCGAUACACAUACCUCAAGUACAAGCGUGACGAGAAACAUAUUUUCAAUUGGAUCAUUCAUACUUCUGACCAUAUUAACAAGAGUUUCCCUUCUGAGGCCCCAGUCGCUGCGAACACGACUAAGACGGCCCCCCUGGCAAGACUCAAGUCACUUUCGGCACUUAUUGCGAAACAUAUCAACCCGAUUCCCACCGACAUACUUCGAUUAUUUAAGUCACUCAUCGACGCCAGGAAAGAGACGCAUGAUUUUUUCCUGAGAGUCAAGGGCUUGGAUCUAGAUCCAGACAUCCGAAGAAGCAAUGAGUCACACGAGCAUUGGAUAAAUGGCCUGAUAGACGUUUUCAACGCUCUAGGAGGAGAGACCUGGCAGUCAGGGAGCCAAUUCGAUCCUGACGCACCUAAUGAGGACGAUCGCCAGACGAAAGAAAGGGGAGAAGGUGGAACUGAAGAAAUCGAUGGUGACGCACCUAAUGAAGACAAGGAGCAAAGUAUCUUCGAGAACAAAUUUUCGGCUCUGAGCCUGGAUAGCCAGAUGAAAGAAGGCGGAGAAAGUGGAAAGGAAGAAAGUGAUGAGGGUGCCAACCUUGCCGGAUCUGCCACCCCUGCUGCAUCCAGACGGCGGAAGCGGAAUAAACGAGGGCGCAAGGCGAAGGGCAAAAGAAGGUCGGCCGACACUGGCUCUACCACUUCCGAUCUGCAGGAUGUUCCCCUGGAGAGUUAUCGCAUCAUUGAGGAUGAAUCUGGCAUGGUCACAGACUACUUGAUGGCUGUAUACUCAUUGGCCAGCCAGUUGGUGGAUCUCCGUCAUUACCUACAGGUUGUCUGGCGUUGGGUAGCUUAUCGGGACUUGAACAGUGUUGUUGCUGCAAAUCUAUGCAACGUGGCAAUUGGGAUGAUCAGGGACGCCCAAUCUCAGAUCUUCAUUGAUUUUCCUGACCGCGACUCUUUCCAUACCAUCAUGAAGACUCUCACAGGUGGAGACCCUGAGAAGGCCCAAGGCCAGUUCCGUAUGCGAGUUCCGCGACAAAAGCAGGAUGGAACAGGUGAUAUGUCGCUGGAACUGGAUAUCGACGUGAAGGAACACUUUCUGUUAGACUCCUAUCAGAACCUAUGCGACUUUGUCACCGACUAUCAGGCAACGCGCACCGGCAAGCCUACCAAGGGUAUGCUCAAAAUCAUCCGGAAUUGGGAUCCCAUGUUAGACCUUCAAAGAGCAACCGAAAAGCAGCGCUUGAAGUGGCGCCGAGCGUACACCAUCAAUUGGCUAUACGACUUGGUCAAUGUCUUUUCCUCAGUUGUCGUUCAGCAACAGACACUCGAGGGACAGCACACUCCUCUUGAAACGGUUGAUUGGUCUAGGGACGGACCUUGGAGCGAACAUCGGCGCUUAUUCGGCAUUAACGACUUCGCUGGCGAUAUCACACAUCUCGCAGUACAACAGCCCGGGACAGAUUUUCGGUCAAAGAUCCUUCCUCACCAUGUCUUCCAGCUGCAGUCCAUCGUUGACUCCCUUGCUGUGUCUCGCGGCUGGACAGUUGAUAUCCUCGAGGGCCAUGACCUGAAUGACCCUGCUUCUGAGUUUCGGCCUCGGAGAGAUAUCGAUCUCUUCAUGGGUCGUGAAUCAGAGUCCGGCAAGGGCUUUUGCCAAUCCGUGGAUGUACUGACUAUGAUUUUCGAUCAAAAUCCUAUGCUUGGUGGAGACCAGAACACCGCUUCACUCAAAGAAAAGCUGAUAGCACUUCGACAGGACUUCGUCAACUGGCUCGGGGAAACCAAGAAUACUUAUGGCUUAAAUUCACGGUUUUCUAACACAAACAGCAAUGGCCUAUGGGAAUACUCUCCGUUCCUCUGUGGUGCAGGGCUAUCGGAAGCACUUGAAUUGGCAUACGGCAUGGGUAUGCUUCUCUGGGACAAAGUCCCUGAGCCGAUGUGCGUCCUUCGUCUACACAAAAUGUUGGUCCGGAAACGCCUGAUCAGACGGCCAGUACUUCUGUGGAGUGCCCUCGAGUCUUUUUUCCAGGAUUCGUCUGAAUUUGCCGAGGCCAUCAAUACUCGGAUUGGUGGGCCCAACGCUCAUCGCGGCUCUCCCCGAAAUCGGCCACAAAGGCAACAGCUCUCCCGAAAUGUGACGAAUAUGACCGAACUGUUAGAUCCCAGUGUUAAUCGCUUUUUCAGAACUAAGUCUUUACUGCAAGUCUACCGGGGUGCAAACUGGAUCCCAGAUCGCAUUCCGGAUGAAGACAUCCCCCUUCCCACGUGUCUAGCGUGGAUCCGUUUGACCGAGACUGGGAAAACCAGGGAUCGCGCCACAGGUGAAGUUACCCUAGCAGAUACAGACCUAGUCAGGCGUGCCAGAUCAGGUGGAUUGAGUGACAAAGAGAUCAUCAGAUCAUCAUCAACGUCUAUUCUGUUAGAUCAACCUGAUGUGUCCGAAAUGACGAGCACCUCCCAGCCCACUAUACCCGAGGAAUACCCGUUCGGUCCGGCUGGAGGUCCUAUCAAACACGAUAUUAGCCUUCCUACGUACUUAAACCUUCUCAAGCGCGAUCUCAUCGCGGACGUCUGCGGCAGAAUGAGGCCGCUAUCCAGCCUGAACUACAAUUCGGUCCUCGUGCACUGCUAUUGGAUGUUUUUGAAGAUAGAAGAAAGGCUACAGGCUUGUUACAACCAAACAUGGCAACAGGCUUAUUUAGGGGAAUCCGGAUUGACGCAGCGGGGAUCACUUACCAUGGCAGCUUUGGGAGGGAAAGAUCCGGAGUGUCUGGAAAUCAUUGCAGGCGUAUUUGAGGAGCAAAGACCCGGAUUCAUGGACCAUAUCUACUGGGACACUCUGUUGGACAGUGACGACGAGCGGGAAAUCGUUGCACCUGAGGGCAACAAAGCUCUAAGUUCCUAG